AUGUCCAAAUCAACAGGCAAUUUUAUGACUUUAAUACAAGCUAUUGAAGGAUUUUCUGCUGAUGGUAUGCGUCUUACUCUUGCUGAUGCUGGUGAUAAAAUUGAAGAUGCAAAUUUUUAUGAACAAAAUGUUGAAGCACAACUUCUUCGUCUUUAUACAUUUAUUGAAUGGGUCAAAGAUGUUCUUAACAUUUCAUCUUCUCAAACAAAUAAUUAG